CGAUUUGACAUUCGAUUGCUCGGUGACGUGACGUGACAUCGGGCGAUUUUAGUGCAUUUGCAAAAUUGCAUUUAGAAAUAAAAUAAAUAAAUGAUAUUUAUUAAUAAUCACAUCAAUUAACAUUGAUCUUAAAAAUGGCUCAAUGUGGUGAAUACAUUAAAAGUCAAUUCCCGCUUAUAGACGAGGAAUUGAUGAAAUAUGUUGAAGACAUAUUGGAUAGUAGCGCCGGCGAGUUCGAGGACACUGAAGAAGUCUACGAAGCAGUUGGCGAAGUACUCCAGGGAAUCUCACAGAAAUCGGAAAAAGAUAUAAGGGACAUAUGUGAAAAGCUGCUGCAUAUGCUGCAGCCUGAGAAGCCGGGCAGCAGUAAUGGACCUCGGAAAGUUCUAGACGCACCCAUACACUUGGCAUCCAUGACCACCACUGUGACUGAAACUGAAGAUCUCAGAAGUAUAUGGAUAAACACUAGAGAUGAUAAUUUGAAAGUAGACGCAAAGAAAUUAGAGAAGGCUGAAGCUAAAUUACAACAAAAGCAGCAGAAACAGAAAGACUCCAAGGCACCGGUAUCAGCACCCAUACUUCAAACAGCCACUGCGUCACAGGUGACCUCUAAAAAGGACAGCAAGCUUGAAGCCAAGGGCACUAACAGGACACAGGACAUAAGGAUAGAGAACUUUGAUAUAGCUUAUGGUGACAGAGUAUUAUUACAAGGCGCGGACUUAGUCCUUGCCUUCGGUCGACGGUACGGCCUUGUUGGGCGCAACGGACUCGGCAAAACCACGCUUCUAAGAAUGAUAGCAUCAAAACAAUUGAAGAUUCCCUCCCAUAUAUCAAUAUUACAUGUGGAACAAGAAGUUGUGGGGGAUGAUACCGUGGCAUUGCAGAGUGUACUCGAAUGUGAUACUACUAGAGAAUAUUUGUUGAAACGGGAGAAGGAAAUUACUACUCUUGUUAAUACUGGUUCAACAGACCCCAGCUUAUCAAACGAGCUGAGCGAGAUAUACGCGCAGCUAGAGAACAUUGAGGCGGAUAAAGCGCCGGCGCGGGCGUCGAUCAUUCUCAGCGGUUUGGGAUUCACGCCGGAGAUGCAGACGAGAGCUACCAAGACUUUCUCUGGAGGUUGGCGAAUGAGGCUAGCUUUGGCCCGUGCUUUGUUUUCUAAACCCGACCUCCUCCUACUUGACGAGCCCACUAACAUGUUGGACAUCAAGGCGAUCAUCUGGCUGGAGAACUACCUACAGAACUGGCCCACCACGCUACUGGUGGUGUCUCACGACCGCAACUUCCUUGACACGGUACCCACGGAUAUCAUGCACUUGCAUACGCAGAGGAUAGACACCUACAGAGGCAACUACGACCAGUUCCACAAAACGAAGACGGAGAAACACAAGAAUCAGCAACGCGAGUACGAAGCUCAGCAACAGCAUCGCGCUCACACGCAAGAGUUCAUCGACCGCUUCCGAUACAACGCCAACCGCGCCUCCUCUGUGCAGAGCAAGAUUAAGAUGCUGGAUAAGUUACCUGAACUAAAACCCGUAGAAAAGGAAAUCGACGUGGUUCUCCGAUUCCCGGAAACAGAGCCGCUCUCUCCGCCCAUUCUGCAGCUGAAUGAAGUUGGUUUUUAUUACUCAAAGGACAAGGUCAUAUUUUCUUACGUCAACCUUGGAGCUACGCUAGAGUCUAGGAUAUGUAUUGUGGGAGACAACGGCGCGGGUAAAACAACGUUACUAAAAAUAAUCAUGGGUAUUCUAUCGCCUACCAGUGGUAUUCGCAGUGUGCACAGAGGACUGAAAUUCGGUUAUUUCUCCCAACACCACGUCGACCAACUUGAAAUGAACGUCAAUUCCGUAGAACUAUUACAAAGGAGUUAUCCAGGUAAAACGAUAGAAGAAUACAGAAGACAACUGGGCAGUUUCGGCGUCAGUGGUGACUUAGCUUUACAAACGAUUGCCAGUUUGUCCGGAGGUCAGAAGUCCAGGGUUGCCUUCGCGCGGAUGUGUAUGGGCAACCCCAACUUCCUAGUGCUGGACGAGCCUACCAACCAUCUGGAUAUUGAGACCAUUGAAGCGUUAGGGAAAGCUAUUACUAAAUAUACGGGAGGUGUUAUCCUUGUUUCUCACGACGAGAGGUUAAUACGAAUGGUUUGUAAAGAGCUGUGGGUUUGUGGCGGAGGUUCCGUCACCAGUAUAGAGGGAGGCUUCGAUGAAUACCGCAAGAUCGUCGAGAGAGAACUCGAAGCCCAGAAUAAGUAGACCAAUCUGCUGGAAUCCCAGCACCGUGUCGUGUCGUGUCCACGAGCCGCCUUAGCCAAUGCAUCCCGUUAAGUUUUAGCCUGAUUAUAGUAUAAACGUGUGUUGUGGUGUGAAGCUGCCGCUUUUCCCCUUUUGAACCUCCAUGGUCGACAUUGUUCAGUCCGCCCCGUCGACACGACAUGACGCUAUGUUAGCAUUCCCGCUUAACGCAAUUUUCACACCUAGCCACAUGUAUACAGUAUAUCCAUGUAAAAAGUAACCCUAAAUUAUAUCGUUGUAAUAUAA